AUGAAGCUCCUCCAGUUGCUAUUGCUCAUCGCCCCUUUAACUCUCUCCCUCCGCCUCGAUCGGCGGGGUAAAGUCGUAUAUGACGGUUAUAAGAUCUUGCGUGUGGUGCCCGGAGGUGAUGUCGCCGCUUUCGAGGCUCAGCUAGAAUCACUCGAGGCCAUCGACCUGACCCAUAACCAUGGUCAUCUAGACGAGGAGCACUUUGAUGUUGCCAUCCCGCCCGAGAGCCUCGCUGCAUUUGAAGCCCUUAACCUCACUUCCGAAGUAUUGUCCGAGGACCUUGGCGCCGACAUUGCCCUCGAAGGAGAGCUUGCCGAGUACCCAGAGCCCGAACUGGCCGCUGCCGCUGCUCUGCCUAGCCUGGACUGGUUUCAAGCAUACCACGCCUACAGCGCACACUUGACCUUUCUGAGAGACCUCCAGUCGGCUUUACCCUCCAACUCGGAGCUGAUCACGGCCGGGAAGUCGUUCGAAGGCCGCGACAUCCAGGGCAUCCACCUGUGGGGAAGCGGCGGGAAAGGCUCGAAGCCGGCUGUCUACUUCCAUGGCAACGUCCAUGCUCGUGAAUGGAUUUCGUCCAAGGUUGUCGAAUACAUCGCGUACCAGCUGGUUGCCGGCUAUGGAAAUGACGCGGCCGUGAAAGCCUUCCUCGAUAACUAUGACUUCUAUAUCCUGCCCGUCGUGAACCCAGACGGUCUCAUCUAUACGCAAUCUACGAACCGCUUGUGGCGCAAGAACCGCCAGACCCGAUCCAGCACCUCCGCGGUAGGGACGGAUAUCAACCGGAACUGGCCGUACAAGUGGGACGGCACAGGCUCGUCCACCAGCCCCGGAUCAGGUCGGUACCGUGGCGAGAGAGCCGGUGAUACUCCAGAGAACACUGGAAUCCGACAACUGGGCGAUCAGCUGGCUGCAGGGCGUGGAAUCAAACUCUAUAUUGACUGGCAUAGUUACGGCCAAUACAUCCUCACGCCGUACGGCUAUUCCUGCUCGGCAUCAGCCGAGAACCAGAGCAGGCAAAACACCCUGGCCAGGAGUACCGCCAACGCCAUCACGAGUCUCUACGGCACCGCAUUCACCACCGGUCCUAUCUGCAGUACGCUAUAUGCCACGGCUGGUGGUAGUACUGAUUAUUUCACCGACGUAAACAAAGCCGAGUUCGGGUGGGCCAUUGAGCUCAGGGACACCGGGCGGAACGGAUUCACCCUACCCGCUACCCAGAUUCUGGCGAGUGGUGAGGAGGCUUGGGUAGGAAUUAAGUAUCUACUAACCAACUUUUGA